UGAAAACGAAAGAGAGUUGGCUGUAAACCAGGAACCUAUCGUAGUCACACAUCCACAAUGGAUAGUUGAUGCAUUUCGUUGUAUUAUCAAAGCAAUGCGAUUUAUUGGCAGGCAUAGAGAUGAUAGUACACAUCUACAUAUCAGACAGUUUCAAAAAUCAGGCAUUCUGACUGUCGGAUUACUGGAAAGACUUUGGGAAAAACAUCAGGACAACCAAGAUGUUCUUAUCGAAAUAAUGCAGCGCCUUCAUCUGCUGGUCGUCGUCACAGAGAAUACGGAUGAACAUAUGUGGAUAGUUCCAGCUCUGCUUCCCCCGGGAGAUGCUGCACUCUUCAAUGACAUCCUAUCCCGUCCUCACACAGUUGCAACGAAAACCUUGUGCUUUGUCUUCAAAUCAAAACUUCUCCCUGUCAUUUAUGACAAACUUUUGGCGAUAUGCCACUCAUCAGGCCUUAAAUUCAGAAAGGAUGGGACAGGUAAAGCUAUACUUAAAAGAGGAUCUGCAUGCUUUAUGAUAAACCGAGCAUGUGAUCUUCUAAUGAGUUGUACCGGAUCCGUUGUGAGCUGUACUCUCAUCAACAAGAACGGCGAGACAGAUUUCAAGGGGAAAUGCUCAUCUGUACUGUCAUUAUUAAAAGAUCUUUUAGAGAAUAUUUUUACGCAGUUUCAUCACGGAAACAUCGUAUAUGAACUGUGUUUACAUUGUACUCAUGAAAUUUGUAGCGACACCUGUCCAGUUCCAAUCUCGGACGUCAGGAGAGAAGGGCGAGUGCUUUGCUGUGAGAACUCGUCUGAUGAUCAGCAUUGGCUCCACAGUUCAGAAGCUGAGUCUUGGAUGGAACCGACAAAGAGCAACAGGAAAUCGGGCACGGAUUACAAGCUCUCUGAUGAUAUCCUCGAUUCACAACCCACUGAAAGGAUGAUUAUGUUAUUAAGCCAGCGUUACAUCGGUAACCAGUAUGAACUUUUCUUCUCCUUUCUUGAAUUGAAGGCGGCCACCAUAAGCUCUCACAAAGUUCCGAACACUGACCUACGGACUAUCACGUAUGAUCUCUUUGUGGCUUGGAUAAAUAAAAAGGACAAACAGGCUACUGUAAGAGUGAUUCUUAACGCUAUGGAAUUGAUGGAUCUUGAUUACCUAGGUGCUGCGGAUGAACUCGGUCAAGAAUACUUUAAAGGACGCUAAAAUACUACUAAAGUAAGAAACCGUUGUUUUAAUGUGUGGGAAGAAAGACUAUCAUACAGGAAUGCAUGAUAAACGUGUGUCUCUAUUGUGAAACCGUUCAGUUUCCCAUAACUGUAUGCGCAUUACUUCAAAAUGUAAAAUCAAGUAAAAUAUUUGACAACGCGCUACAUUUUGCAAGCCGGAAACAGGCUAAAGUAUAGUAUUAUAUCUGAUUAGAGAUUGUUCAUCAUACGCUCGUCUUUAUGUGUAGAUAUAAGCGAUAUGACAUGAAUGUACGGAGAACAUAAUUGUAUUCUUCCUUUUUUCAAAUCAAAUGCAAAAAUUGUACACUUGCUAUUAUUAUUGUUGUUAAUCCUAUUAUUUUACAUUUUUGUCUAGAAAGUCUUAUAAAAACGUUAAAUGUUGACAUUUUGUUGUGACAGCUUGUUCAAUGAACCGAUGUCAAGACAAAAAGAAAUUAUCAUGUUAUCCGUUAAGUUUGUUCCCUAUUUAAUUUUAUAUGUGAUAUUCAAAUUUACAAUUCCGGACAAAAUCAUUUCAUAUUUUUGUAUAAAUCAAUAUCACCUUACGAAGCAAAUAUAAUAAUUGUCGUAGGUAUAAUAUCAUUGGUCUGUUUACGGAUAAUGGUUGUACACCGUUAUUGAUAGGCAUGUUAUAUUUAAUGAAAUACUCUAUUCUGUAUUAACCUAUUUAUAGUUUUGCUGUAUAAAAGUAAGUUUUUGUUAAAAGUUGUUUAAUUUCUAGAUUGAUUUUCCAUUGCUUUGUUUGAUAUAUUCAUACCUGUGCUAUAGCUGCAAUCAUAGCUAAUUUUUAGACCAACAUCACCAGGUGGUGGGCUAAUCAAAUCCAUUUUCGUCUGGCGUCCAUCUUUCCUCCUGUGUUUAAAUAAGUCUUCUUAGCGUCAUUUUUCGGAACGAUCUUCCAUUACCUUUCUCAACUUUCACCUACUUCCAUUUCGAGACCAAUCAGAAAACAAGUUGGCCGAAUUGGUCAUAUUUCACUUUUGACGUUGAAAUGUU